AGACGUUUCACCAACCAAAAUAAGGUUAUCCUAGCUUGAUUGAUCAUGCCGGUAACAACAACAGCAGAGGCGAGCUUGAUGCAUUCUAGAUUCACUAUGUCUUUUUUCGCUAUUCAAGAGUCUUUACUUCCAGUUGAGAGCAACGCACCUUUGUAUGCUCAGUUAUACACUUAUGAAAAUCUGGACAAUGAGAUUAUAGAAAAACUUUCAGUUAUGGUUAUCCGUUGUAAUCUAUUCGCACGUAUUUAUUGUCAUAUGUAUGGGAUAUUGAGUGAUCAUGAAAGCCCCGGUACCAACAGUGAGGAUAGAUCUAACAACGACGACUUCGCCAAAAGCGGGCCACCUUACGUUAUCAUCAGUCCUUCUGAGAAUGAAGCUUAUUGAUUGCCUGAGAUUGAAUAAUCGUUUUUGUGAAAAAGAUCCAAAAGGAGAAUCACUUUGGACACCCCAUUUCAGAGUCAUGCGAAACUUUUUUUUUU